GUUGUGUGAUAUCGUGUAUUCAUUCGGUCAAGUAUCAAUCGUCUCCUGAUCUAACAAAUUUUUUAAUAAUUUUAUUUUAUGAAAAAUAGUUGAUUAUUUGGUUUACGCUGUUAAAAAUCAAAGAUACAGAUGAACCAACUCGUAAAUCGUGCAAUUUCCAUCAGCGAGCGAUUGUCAUUUGGUCAUUUUAUAAGAGAAUUUCGAGUGACAUCUCAAAACAUGGUUAUUGCGGUAGGUGAAAAAUUGCCCACAAUUGAUCUUUUUGAAGAUUCUCCUGCAAAUAAGGUGAAUCUUGCUCAAAUUGCAUCUGGAAAAAAAGUUGUAAUUUUUGGAGUACCAGGAGCGUUCACACCAGGAUGUUCAAAGACACAUCUUCCUGGUUAUAUACAAAAAGCUCAAGAAUUGAAAUCUAAAGGUGUUGCAGAAAUUUUUUGCAUUGCUGUAAAUGAUCCAUUUGUAAUGACAGCAUGGGGUAAAGAACAUGGAGCAGAAGGCAAGGUACGUAUGCUAGCAGAUACUGCAGCUGAAUUUACAAACGCAUUAGGACUAUCUAUUGAUAUACCAGCACUGGGUAAAAGAAGUAAACGAUACUCAAUGGUUCUUGAAGAUGGUGUAGUUAAAGAGUUAAAUGUUGAACCUGAUAAUGUUGGUCUUUCAUGUUCUUUGGCACAGAAUAUUGGACUGUAAAUUGCAUAUUGUAAAAUAUGAUGUAGAAAAUUUAUUAUGUAGGAGAUUAUAAACAAAUACUUUACUUAGUAUUCUUCUAUAAUGUUUAUAUGAUAAAUUAAAUAUUCAU